ACUGUUGACAACGCUCCGGGAUUGUCGGGAUCCCGGAAAAGCGCGCGAUCCGAUCCCGAUUUUUUUCGGAAGAAAAUUAUUUAUUUAGUCCAGUUUAUUCGUGCUGCUUAGUGAGUGUGUGGAUUGUGUGGAAUGUUUGUGUGUGUGUGAGAUGGUACGUUUCACAUAAUUUCCAAAAGGAAAGUAACGGUGACUGGCGCGGAAAAUGAGUUAAGACAGAAAAAGAAAAUAAGAUGAAAUGAAAGACGCCAACAGGAAAACCGCUAAACUAAAUCGGUAAAAGAAACAAAACAGUAAUCUAAAAUGGACGAAAAGCUCCAUCGAUAUCAGACAAACGUGACAUAGCAGGGACAAUUUAAAUACAACAAUGCUAGAUACUACAAGGGUACCUUACUAUCACAAUAUAGCAUUCACAUCUACAUAUUUAUACCCAUCGAAAAGACCACCCGAUAACAUAACAGACAGUGUAUUCAAAGUGCGGAAUACAGCUAAAAGACUAACGCAUUUGAGUGAUGUUAAAAAUGAGACUAAAGGGACUAGUGAUCUAUUGAUGUUGGUGGAUGAUUUUAGUGACUAUUUCUAUGGGAACGCGAGCCAUGAUGUGUUUACGGUGCAUAAUAGUUCGCUAGAUAUUAUCAACGAAGUAUUGAAUUGUACUUUCAAUGGUACUUUUAACGUUUCGUGCUUCGGGCGUUUUGACAGCGGUCCGGAGUAUAACUUUUGGGCGUUGCUACUGUUGAUUUUUCCUUUCUUCACUUUGUUCGGGAAUGUGUUAGUGAUAAUGAGUGUGGUGCGUGAGCGUGCUCUGCAGACGGUGACCAAUUACUUUAUAGUGAGUCUGGCGGUCGCAGAUCUGUUGGUAGCUGUUGUCGUUAUGCCGUUUGGAGUUUAUUAUUUGGUAAACGGAUCGUGGGGCCUACCGGCGUUCAUUUGCGACGUGUACAUCGCAAUGGAUGUGGCGUCUUCCACUUCGAGCAUAUUCAAUCUAGUUGCUAUUUCUGUUGAUAGGUACAUAGCGGUGACACAGCCCAUCAAGUACGCGAAGCACAAGAACAACCGGCGCGUGUGGUUCACCAUCGUGCUGGUGUGGUUGGUGUCCGCUGCCAUCGGCGCGCCCAUCGUGCUCGGCCUCAACGACGCGGCGGACAGGAACUACAGCGAGUGCUUGUUCAACAACCAGAACUACGUGCUGUACUCCUCGCUCGGCUCCUUCUACAUCCCCUGCAUCAUGAUGAUGUUCCUCUAUUAUAAUAUUUUUAAGGCGUUAAGAAACCGUGCCAAGAAGCAGCGAGCAGCGAAGAAACCACCGGUGUCGGACACGUUGACAGGCGCCACCGCCGCCGUGGUCAUAGAGAACGUGGCGCAGACCCGCCAGCUGGAGACGGCGCUGGACGACCGGCCCACCAACACCGGCUCCGGCAGCAAUGAAGACGACCACGAGGAUAGUUUUGACAAGCGCUCGGUGGAUCUGGAGGCGGACGCUGACGAGUGCCACGUCAUCCCAAAUGACAAAUCAACUGAAUUUAUGCUGACGUCCGUUUUAGAUGACAAGAUCAAACCACCGAAGAAAAACGUGAAAUCCCAGUCAGUGCCAGACCCUAAUGGCAACAAUGACUCUGGUUACGCGCCAUCGAACCUUGAAGACACAAUCAGAGAGCACAUCUCCCCCCCUGGCUCCCCGGUAGUGAGGGAUGCUACUGUUCUGAAGAAUAUGUCUUGUGAAUCUAGAUGGAAGAAGAAUGGGAAGAGGGUUGAUUCUGAUUCAAGAAAUGCUUCAAUCGCUUUCCGAUCAGAUGACGACCUUCGGUCCAGUCACUUCGACAUCCGCGAUGGAUCAACGUGUAAAAAAGAAAGAAAAGCGAGCGCUGCUACUGCAAGAUUCACUAUAUACAAAGCCAAUAAAGCUAGUAAAAAGAAAAGAGAAAAAUCAUCAGCCAAAAAAGAAAGAAAAGCUACUAAAACAUUGGCUAUUGUUUUAGGUGUUUUCCUCUUCUGCUGGACCCCGUUCUUCACCUGCAACGUCCUUGACGCCAUCUGCGGCAAGUUCGGCCUCCAGUUCACCCCCGGGGUGACGGUGUUCAUCCUCAACACCUGGCUGGGCUACAUCAACUCCUUCCUCAACCCCGUCAUAUACACCAUCUUUAACCCUGAGUUCAGAAAGGCGUUCCGCAAAAUACUCAAGUGUAGUACCUAGCCCGCGGAUUAUAUGGUCGUACUCGCACAGUAGAUCUCAAAUUUCGUUGUAUUAGUGUAUGUCGUUAAUUAUAUUUUAUAGAUUUGAAAUGGUAAUGUCAAUGAAAAAGUACCUCGCAAGGCCAUUUUUGAACUGUUAGUUGUAUGUUGAGUUUUGAACUGUUAGUAUUUGAUACGAACAAAACGCUUUCAAUGUCAUCGUACAACGUUGAAAAACCGACAGGAAAUUAAAGGAAAUUCAUAGAAGAUGACCGCAAAUUAUUGUUUUUACACAAAUCACAUCCUGACUGAAGAAGAAAUUAUGAAAGAAAACGAUUGAUUUGAAUUUUUGUGUUUUGUUUUGAGUGUGUUCGUUGAUAAUUAAUUUCGUCAUUUUAUACAAAUUUGUCAUAAAAAUGUAGAAUGAAGUUAUAUAAAACAAAUCAUUACAAGAUAAAAUAAAUUGAUUCUAAUAUGCAAAAUAUGAGUCUAAGGUCCAGGCCGCAUAAGCAAUUAGCCACAUUUCCGCGUUAAAAAUGACAUUGUAAAAUAUUUUUUUCAUUAGUUAAAAAAAAAUUCAUAAUGCAAACUAAAAUAUGAUUUUUUUUUUUAUUAUUCUUUACAAGUUAGCCCUUGACUACAACUCACCUGAUGGUAAGUGAUGAUGCAGUCUAAGAUGGAAGCGGGCUAACUUGUUAGGAGGAGGAUGAAAAUCCACACCCCUUUCGGUUUCUACACGGCAUCGUACCGGAACGCUAAAUCGCUUGGCGGUAUGUCUUUGCCGGUAGGGUGGUAACUAGCCACGGCCAAAGCCUCCCACCAGCCAGACCUGGACAAAUUAAGAAAAUCUCAAUCUGCCCAGCCGGGGAUCGAACCUAGGACUUCCGUUUUGUGAAUCCACCGCGCAAACCACUGCGCCACGGAGGCCGUCAAAAUUUAUUUUAUUCAACAAAUAAAAACUUUGAGUAUGUUUAACUUGUAACACUAACUUUAAAACUGUUGCCUACUACAACAGUUUUUAACUACCUAGUAAGUUCACAACGUAGGCUUCGAAUUUAUUGAAAAGUUUUGUUUGUUAAAAGUGGGUAAUUAAUUAAUUAAUCAGAGUAACUGAAUGAAAAUUGGCAUGCAUAUAAAAAUAGGAAUGUUUAUAAACAACGAAAACUUUUUGUAAUACUCCUAUGUAAGUUUGUAAUGAGAUCUACUAAACGGCCACAUAAUUGUAAAACGGUUGAACUUUACAAUGUAUCACUUAAUUUGAUGUGAUAAAAUUAUCAAAAUGUAAAUUUUAAAAUAAUUUGUAGAAUGUUAGCAUAUCAACUGUAAACUAAAAAAGAAGUAUUAAUAUUCGUAUUGUAAUUUGUAAAAUAAAAUUUGCUCAUGUGAAAUAAUAUUCUAGUCACUGAUCAGUAUUUAAUAGGUAUUGUGUUAAAUUUAUAAUUGUAAUUUGUAACUAUCAUAAUUAUAAAAAUAAUGACUAAAAUAAUUUAAAAU